GUAAACGUGGAGAGGUAUUGGAAAGACCCUCUGCAUUCUGAUUACCAAACAACAGAUUCAGGGGUGAAGGCUGAAGCUGCCUGUGUGAGUGAGUUUGUGUUCAUCGAUGCAGGUGAAGACGUAGUGAUUGUGGAUUUCCUGUCAGCGAGUGCUUGUGUGUGAGUGACGAUGGAGAACAAGCUGUCGGUGCGACGCUGCCUCACCUUUGUCACGGGGCUGUUGGAGUGUCUCUGCUUCGCUGGAGCUGUGUUUGGAUGGGCUUCUCUCGUUUUUAUCCUCAAGGAGGACGGCUAUUUCGCCUCUCUGUGUGUCAAUGGCACAGAAAUCAACGGCACACAGUCUUUAGACUGCAGCGCUCAGGAUGAACAGUUCUCACUUAUUUUUACCAUCGCUUCCUUUAUGAACAAUUUCCUGACACUGCCCAACGGGUUCCUCUUUGAUCACUUCGGUACUACAGUGACUCGGCUCUAUGGCAUAUUUCUUUACACCAUGGGGACCCUGUUGGUGGCGUUCUCUUCAUCAGCUCUCGCCUCCUUGCUCUUCCCGGCUCUCUCCCUCCUGGCCGUGGGAGGAAUCUUAUUUCUGCUGACAAACAUGCAGGUUGGAAACCUGUUCGGUUCUCAUCGAUCCACCAUCAUCACUCUGUACAACGGGGCCUUUGAUUCUUCCUCAGCGCUCUUCCUCAUCAUCAAGCUGCUGCACGAGUCGGGCAUCUCUCUCCGUGCCGCCUUCCUCUUCCUGUCUGCCUGCAGCAUCAUUCAUGUCCUUAGGACUUUCUUCCUGCUGCCAAGAAAGUUCAUCCCCUACCCGCUGCCCGCUCGCUACACGUACGGGAUCUCUUGUGGUAAAUCAGAGGCUGUGAGCUCAGAGGUGGCUUCAAAUGGUCCUGAACCUACAACCGUGGAGGAAACUCCACUCAACAAGGAGGCCCCCAAAACACAAGAGAAGAGUUUUUGUGAGUGUAUGCUGUCCUGGUUCUUUGCGUGGCACCUGCUCUGGUUGUCGGUGAUGCAGCUCAGACAUUACCUGUUCAUCGGCACGCUCAACCCCAUGCUGCAGAGGCUGACGGCCGGAGAGUCCACUCUGGUGAGUCAGUACACCAAUGCGUUCGCCAUCACCCAGCUGUGUGGAGUGCUGUGUGCUCCCUGGAACGGCCUCAUCAUGGACAGACACAAGGGCAAACCUCGUGCUGCAGGUGAGACAGAGCGGGAGGCCGACCUGCGGGCCUCGGUGCUGUCUCUCUUCCUGACGGCGCUGCAGUGUGUCCUCUUCUCCCUGUGUGCCUCCACCCCCUACCUGCCUCUCCAGUACCUGACCUUCAUCCUGCAGGUGCUCAACCGUUCCUUCCUCUACGGAGGCAACGCUGCCUUCAUCAGUGUGGCAUUUCCAUCGUGCCACUUCGGGAAGCUUUACGGUCUGGUCAUGGCUCUGUCCGCAGUCUUUUCUCUGUUGCAGUAUCCCUGCUUCGCUCUGGUGAAAGGAGCUCUGGGCGGAGAUCCUUUAUAUGUGAACGUCGCUCUGACGCUGCUCAGCCUGCUGGCCUUCAUCCACCCUGUCUACGUCUAUCUGCACUGUCGGCGUCUCGCCUCUCAGAGAGCCAGCAGCUAAGCCAAACUUCUUCGUGAAAGCUUUGAAAU